AUGCCACGCAAAGGAGAACCGGAGCCUCGCCGCUCAGUGCGCGCGACCAAGGGCCAGCACACCAAGGCCUUCGACGACCAACCGAUCGAACCUCCCAAGAAGCGAGGGAGGAAGAAGAAGCAGGAGGAGGAGCCCGAGGAGGAGAUUAUCCGUUGCGUCUGCGGCGCGACCGAGCAGGACGGCGACUCUGAAGAGCCCUGGAUCGCAUGCGACAAAUGCACUGCGUGGCAGCACAAUGUUUGUAUGGGUAUGAGUGUCUUCACGGAAGACCUCCCUAAGAACUACUACUGCGAACAAUGCGCUCCACAAGAUCACAAGGAGCUCCUGGCCGCCAUGUCCAAGGGCGAGCGCCCCUGGGAGGCCCGCCGCAAGGCCUACGAGGACGAACAGAACGAGAAGAAGAAGAAAAAGAAGAAGGGCGGCAGGGCUGGCAAGCGUGCCAGCGAUCCCAAGGAGGACUUAUCGCAGGACGCCAGGAGUAACAAGGCAGAAGACUCUCCCGCUCCGUCGGAGACCAAGGAGAAGAAGGAGAAGAAGGACGGCGCAGCGAAGCCAUCCACCGGCAAGCGGAAGGUUCGCGACGAAGAGAAGGAUACGAAGGUUUCCAACCAGAAGAUGCGCAAGCUUUCCGAACCCGAGGCUGCAAUCGUCAAUUAUACCCCGCCGGCAGACCUGACUGCCAAGAUUACAGACCUCCCGGACGAUCGCAAGGGCUCUGCGCAGCUGCUUCAGAAGGCCCUUGUCGGCGUCCUCACCGCUGCCGUCAAGGACAAGAGUGUUACUUUGCCCAAAGAUGUUACUGUUGCGGCCAAGGCCGAGCGUUUGGCUCUCGAAAUCGAACGUGCGGUUCAUGAUACUCACGCCGACCGCAGCCACUACGCUCAGCAGGCCAGGGCACUGUACGCCAACAUCAAGAUCAAUGCCGACUUGACCAAGCGUCUUUUGAAGCGCACCUUGUCUCCGCCCAUGCUGGCCACCAUGAGCGCCGACGAACUGGCUACCAAGGAGAGGCAAGAUGCGAAUGCGCAGCUGAAGGCCAUCUCCGAGAAGCAGUCCAUUCUGAUCACGGAGGAGGGACCUAGGGUGCGCAGAACACACAAGGGCGAAGAGGUUGUCGAGAAUGAGUCCUUUCAACAGUCUGACGAUGCUCGCUCAUUUAUCAGGAGGCCUAGCGCUCGAGAUGGUGAGGCAAAGACAGAUGGGGAGGCGGACCCUCAUAGUGGGCUGCAAAUUGACACGCACGGCGCUCGGCACUCGCCCAAGCAUCCCGACUUUGACAUCAACAAGGUCUUCUCGAGCGUCAAGUCUCCCACCGGAGGCCAUAUCCGCCGGCCCUCGGCGCCGCUCCACGGACCCGGCGUUGAUCCCGAUGUUGACAGACUGCUUCAGGAAGAGACGGACUCCCCGCCAUACUCACCCACGGACGAGACAGACCCGGACGUGGUAUGGCGAGGCCAUGUUGUCAUGAGCUCAAUCACCGAUUUUCCCGCAGCGGCCAAGUUUGUCGCGGGAGCGAACCUGGCGAACACCAUUGGCCUACCAUGGACGAGUUUGAUCCCCAGGAGGUUGACGGUAGCCGGACGCAUAGAUGAGCAGAAGGCGAUAGAAUACCUCUGCGGUCUACGCUACGCCGACCAGACCGACAUAGUGGUCGUGGCCUUGUCGCCAGCUUCUGAGGCGUCCCGGGGCGACUUUCAACAGCUCUUCAAUUACUUUGUAGGCAAGAAGCGAUACGCAGUCAUUGGGGAUAAGGGCUUGGCCAACGUCCGGGACACGUAUCUAGUUCCCGUUCCGCCAGGCGAGGGCAACUUGCCCGAGUUUAUGCUCAACUUUUCGGACAACGUCGUACCGCCGAAGCGGACAGAGCCGAUGCUCCUGGGCGUGUUUGUGUACAGGAACAACCCGCGACAGGCACAGCCAGUCAGCGCGACCAGGUCGCCGGUCGCGAACUCACCCACGCCGACCCAAGCUGGUUUCCCGGCGAGGCAUCCUUCGAUAUCUGGCCCGGCCUUUUCGCCGACUGUUCCGCAAGGACCGUUUGCGCAACCUGGUCUUCCCGCGGCCGGUCACAACGGCCACGCACCGCAGCAUCCUACGCAGGGCGCGCAUCAAGCGGUGCCUCCGAACCAAGCGCCGGCGGGCUACACCGCGGCAAGAGGGCCGGAGGCCGAGCAAGACAGACGCCAACGUGAGGGCCAAGCCCUGGCUCAUGAGGUAUUAGGUCCCUUGGUCAAUAGCAGGACUGUUCCCUUUUUGAUGCCACAUGCUCAUGCAAUGACCCGGACAGAAUGGGAAGUGAUCAAGGGCAUUUACGACAGAGACCCGAAAGCCAGAGAAGAUUUACAAUACUUGAGCCAACUGCUCGAGAAACAGCAGCCUGUCAAGGCCGGCGACGCUCCUGCAGCCGCGGCGCCUCAUGGAGUUGCGCCGUCAGCAUGA